UUAAUUACAUUUUAACACGAGAUAGACUUCCCCGUUAGUCAAUACAAAACUAUAAGACAUGGCGCCUGCAGGUGCAGCACCUUCCUCUCAAGUAGUUGGUGAGGAAAUACCAACACAAAGUGACCCAAGAUUCCGAGUUAAACCUUACCAGCAGAUGGUAGCAUCAUGCACCGGAGCUGUCGUGACGUCAUUCAUCAUAACCCCUCUGGAUGUCGUGAAGAUACGGCUGCAGGCCCAACAAAUGGCACUGUCUUCAAAGAAAUGCUUCAUCUUCUGUAAUGGACUCAUGGAUCAUAUUUGCCCCUGUCUCGAAGGGGACCAGUGGUAUCGUAGACACAGUCCCUUCACUGGCACGUGGGAUGCGCUGAUCAAAAUUACCCGCAAUGAGGGCAUUACAUCUUUGUGGUCUGGCCUCAGCCCGACAUUGAUUAUAGCCAUACCGUCGACAGUGGUAUACUUCACCACAUACGAACAGCUGCGCACUCGACUAAAUGACUACUUCAAAGAUCCAGAGACAAACAAGCAGCCUAUCUGGGUACCGAUGGUGUCUGGUGUGACGGCUCGGUUCUCCGCCGCCACCUGUGUGAGUCCGAUGGAGCUUAUUAGAACAAAAAUGCAAUCCAUGAAAUUGAGCUAUGGUGAUGCACUCAGUGUGGUCAAAGGUCUUGUAAGGCUGCAUGGAUACAGAGGGCUGUGGAAAGGCUUGACACCUACACUCUUCAGGGAUAUGCCGUUUUCAGGCAUAUAUUGGGUUUGCUAUGAGUACCUGAAAUCGUACUUUUACCCUGAGGAAAAGAUCCCAUUUUGGUUCAGCUUCUUAGCCGGAAGCGCAUCAGGAACUUUGGCUGCCUUUGCAACAACGCCUUUUGAUGUUGUUAAAACCCAUCAGCAAUUGGACAUCACAUCACAGAUUUACCAAGAUAAACAAAUGCAAAAGAAACAAAAAAAGUCUGUAUUCCAUUGGUUUCGAAAAAUCUACGCUGACGGCGGUGUGCGAGGGUUGUAUACCGGACUCACUGCUCGCCUGGCCAAGACUGCUCCUGCGUGUGCCAUCAUGGUAUCAACUUUCGAGUACGGGAAAAACUUCUUCGAGCAGUACAACAUGAAUGAGUACAAACGCCAAAAUAAGGUGCAUUCUUAAAUUGCCUAUGCUAAACUUUACGUAGGAGUUUGUUGUGAUAUUUUUCUAAAUCUCCUAUUAAAAAGUAACAAGUGAAUUUUCAUACAUUGUAUAAAAGAAUAAUUUUUUAAAGUGUUAUGUGAUUAAGAAAAACAAAUUUAUAUAAAACACAAAAAAAACUUUGGUGAGUUCGAGCCAUAUUUCUGUGAUUUAGUGUUCUUCAAGAUAAUCCUUUCAUGAUCAUAAAUAUCCUGACAGUGACAGAACCUACCUCUAUAGACUACAAUAUAUAGAGAUAUAUGUUGUACAGGUGUAUUAUAGGUUUAUUGAUACGCCUUCAAUAUUAACUAAUUAUAUUAACUUAUUAAUCACCAUUUUUUGUCCCAUAACCGGAGUGAAACCUAUUAUUUGAAGAUAUCUAUUAAAGGCACGAAACUUAUUCUGUAACAAACAACUGCUGUCUGCUCUGCAAAACACUGGAGUUGAGUCAUCUACUAACACGGCCUGUUGUUUUCCUUUAAGUGAAAUUAACACAUACUUCCACUGCCAUCUAGAUAAUAGUACCCACUUCUGACAAAUUCAUCAUAUUAAGUAUAUUUUCUUCCUUUGUACCCACUUUGCAGGGGCAGAUCAAGUAGUUGCCAAUGGAUUGGUGUAGAAUUACCCAUAUCUCAAUCUUUUCGUCUUAUUCUCUUCUUCAUUUUUAGCAACAUAUACUUUUACUUUCUUCAAAGUAUUUCCUAAAUCUGCCUCCUGUUAAUUUCCUCCUGAGAAGAAUGAUGGAAUCUGUCCCUGUUGUUGCAGAUAUGUUAUUAAUGAGGGCAUCGGUUGCGAUGACCCAUGUGCCCGAUGGUUUCAUCCGGACUGUGUGAAACUAAGCAAGACUGAGUGUAAUACAUUUUUAAAUGAUAAUAGACUGAAAUGGAACUGUGCCAAAGCUGAUUGUGUGAUAAAGACUGACUUAUAUGUCACUAAUAUAUUCUGUGUUGUUCUGUAUAAAUUGUGUUUUGUGCUUGUAUUGUAUUUUGUAAUUAGCAUUAGUAGAUAAGG